CAAAAAGAAAGCCGUCAAAAAGAAAACCUUCCGAGGAAUAGCCGAUCCACGCGGCAGCCAAGGAAGAGGAAACAUGAAGACACCAUCAGCGCUAUCCAGUUCAAGAAGCAAAAAACUGAAACCUCCAUUUUAAAACUGGAGAGACACUUACAACAAAAGACUUGCCCUAAGUCGCUUCAAUACAAGGCGAAGGCAAACGUCACGCCUGACGAAACCUUUCGACAGGAGAUAAGCGCUAUUAAAAGUGACGCCGAAGAACAAUAUGUUAGCGCCCUAGUGCGCUUCCAUCAGCGUAGACUUGUUAGUCACAAGAACAAACUUGAAAAGGCUAAUAUUGCCAAGUCUCGAUCACAAUACAAUAUAAAUACACGUGAAAGAUCACGUUCGCCCUUGAGGAACACUGUAAAUACUGAUGUCGACAGGAUAGACAAAAUAGAAAAUCAGCUUUCAGAGCUGAAAGACCUUAUAUGUACACGCUUUCAGAGUGAUAAUAAACAUGUUGAAAAGUACAACAGUGUCAUCUCUGAAAAAUCAGUCGCCAAACCCACUGCAGCAAAAAGGCUAUCCAAGAAUAAUAAACGCAAAAAGCGUAGAAAAAAUACACUACACAAGCGAGUGACUACAGAAAGGGCGAAAAAUGAAAAGUUUUGA